AUGGUCAAGUCUGCUGUCCUCCUCGCUUUCAUUGGUUCCGCUCUCGGGCGUACAUUCACCGUCUACAACGCCUGUCCAUUCACCAUCUGGCCUGCUGUUUUCACUGAUCUCAACGUCGGUUCUGCUGUUCCUUCUAUCGAAACUGGUUGGGAGGCUGCUGCCUACACCAAGCGUACUUUCACCGUCCCCGACAACUGGAAGGCUGGUCGUAUUUGGGGACGCCGCAACUGCAAUUUCGCUACCAACCCAGGUCCCAAUUCCUGUCUGACUGGUGGUUGCAAUGGCGGUCUCAAGUGCGACUCUCGUACUGGCACUGGUGUACCCCCGGCUAGCGUUGCCGAGUGGACCCUCAGCGGCUCUGAUGGGCUUGACUGGUACGAUGUGAGCUUGGUCGAUGGAUACAACUUGCCCAUGAGCAUCACCAACAACGUUGGAUGUCAGGUCGCCUCGUGCGCGGUUGAUCUUGGGCCAAACUGUCCUGCUCCUUUGAAGGGGCCUUAUGACAGCAGUGGCUUCCCAGUUGGUUGCAAGUCUGCCUGCUUUGCGAACCUCGAUGGGAACCAAGCCAAUUCCGGUAACUGUUGCUCCGGCUCCCAUAACACCCCCGCAACUUGCCCUCCCUCUGGCGUUCAGUACUACUCGUAUUUCAAGAAUGCUUGCCCACGGUCCUACGUCUAUGCCUAUGACGAGUCAAGCGGCACAGCCUUGUGGAAUUGCCCUGCUUCGAAGAAGGCUGAUUACACUCUUACUUUCUGCCCUUGA